AUGUCAUCCUCAUCGUCUUCAACACCCCAACCGCCAGCACUACAAAGGUUCCAGAACUCCCGAGCCGAGUACGAAGCUUAUCUGCCCCUCACUCAAAGAGUUCAGGAAGAUUUGAGGAACGAUGCUGAAGAAUUGAGAGCUCAGGAAGGAUGGGACGAGGAAGAAUGGAAUGGAGUAGAAGAGUGGACCAAGGAUAUGGACAGUAUAUUCAGGCAUUUGAGGAGACAUCGAUUCGACGAGACGAAGACACUCACAUCCCUAUUAAGUACUUUACAGCAACGUAUCACCCUAUCUCUCCAUUCUCCUAUCCCUUCUUUCCCCCCUUAUACAGAAUCUCCAUUGUUCUUCAUACUGCCUUUACCCGAGCACACCGAUAGAUUGGGACGCCCGAUAGCGGUGUUGACGGUGAAAGAGGUUAUAAGAGAUACGAAUGGGAAAUUGGAUGAUUUGAAGAAUUAUGCGUGGUCGGCAUUGGAAGUGGCCAGAAGGACGUUGAGGGAUUAUUGGGUGAAAGGGAUUUGGACGAAGAAGCAGAAUGUACAUUUGGGGCAAGGUGGCGAGGGAUUGUGUUUGAUAGUCGAUGCCAAUGGUGCGGGUUAUAGAAAUAUGGAAGUCGAGCUCCUGCCAACGUUACUCUCAGUGGGUCACAACCAUUUCCCAGGGAUGAUCGAAAGCGUCUACGUCGUCAAUGCAGGAUGGACCCAUCGAUCGAUGUGGAACGUCAUCAAGCGUGUUUUACCCAGAUCAGCUUUGGAAAAAGUCGCAUUCUUAGAUAACAAAGAGAAUCUGGAAGCUGUAUUUGACCUCAACAAACUACCUCGAGCGUAUGGUGGUAAUCACUCGUAUUCUUUCCCGUCUCUACAUAAUCCUAUAUACUCAUAUUACACCCAUCACUCAUCAUUCGAUCAGCCCUUUCUUGCCUCCCCUUCCCGAAAUUCAUCAUACAGCUCAAUCGCCGAUAUCUAUUAUUCCGCCCCUACCACUCCAGCGAGAAGUCGACGGAAUAGCUCAGCAGUCAAUCUCGGAGGCUGGAGAUUCGGAUCUGGAUUGAGGAUGACUAAAUCUAGAGAGGCGAACUCGCCCCCUGAACCCGCUGAAGAAGAGGAGGAAGAAGAAGAUGGUGAUGUACCACAAUUGGAAGUUGAAGAACCUACUCCGACUCACGAUAUAUCGCCCGAGAUGUACAUACCAACUUUAUCUCGGCGGAGCAGUUCCAGACGAUCUACUCCGCUCAUCAAAGGGAACGAAAGUGGAAGUCGGAGUGGGAGUAAGACACCCACACUCAUCGCCAAUGGAACCGGGGUUGGACAAAGUGCGAUACAACGUAUAAAAUCAUUAUCGGAUUUUCACCUGUAUCUCUCACCGUCAAGGUUAGCCAACCUUGAUUUGUUAUCUGAUUCUGAUUCAGAAUCGGACUCAGUGACGGAAGAUCAAAUGCACGAGGAAGAAAAGCCCAGAAAAGUAUUGAGACCCGCUUUGUUCGAAGAUCUGAAUGAGAGAUCAUUGUCCGAAAGGCGAUCUCGACCCCCUCUCAGGCUUUUAGGCGUAAAGAACGAAGAGGGCUUGAAGAACGCUAGGACGUAUUCGGAUAGAUUGCAGAAACAUCAUGCCAAGGUCUUACAGUCUUAUGGAGUCAGUACGCUUAGUAAAUUGGGAGAAAGUCAUACAGCUGGAGAUGAGCAGCAAGAUAGAGAUACGAUAAACUUAGUGAAUGAUCUGGAUACAGGUCAAAUAAGUCCUUCUACUCCUGGUGCAUUAGAGCCCCCUUCUUUAGGUGAACAUUAUUCGGAAGAACCUGAAGGUCAUGGUGGCCAGGUGGUAGGUGAAUACGAUACUUCGAAUCCAUGGUUUGGCUAUCCAGCUGUCAAAGUUCCUUCUUCCUCACUUACUGGAGGUAAAUCAUAUUCUAUUCGACCUAAAUAUGCGAGGAACAGAAAGAGAGAUUUAAUCAAGACGUUGCUGUUCCUCUUCAUGUUGAGAUUGCAAUCACUCCGGUAUACCGUGGAAAGAUACUUGGGACUAGAUGUUCUGUUCGCUCCUGGGCCAAGUAAUGGACGGUAUAUGGGUGGGAUAGGACCACGAGAAGGUCUCUUAUCUACUUCAGCGACUGGUAUGGGAAAAGAGAUGGUAUUGAGGAAGGAAAAGGAUUGGUGGUGGAUGAUCAUAGGGUUCCUGCUGCUCAGAGGGAGCUGGUCGAGGUUGAUUGUCACUUCUUUGGAGACGUUCGGUAGGGGUAAGGAAAUUCUAGGCUGGUGA